UUUGAAGAUACACCGCGCGCUCGUGAUAACUGUCCGACACGCAUCAGAAUUAACGACGAUCCGAUCAAUUAUAAAGAAGUCCGUGAAUUAAACUGCACUUUGCAUUAGAUUAUUAAUUUUUAAACUCAGAUAUAAAAACUGACACAAACAGUAACAAAAGACGGAGAUGUGCAGGGCAGUAUGUGACAAAACUGCCUUUGUUCCUUUAGGACAGAGAGGAGUCGAGUCGAUGUGCGCGUGGCGCUUGUUCUUCUCCACUGUAGCGCGUUAGAAACAACACGAUUCCUGCUGCAUCUACCAGAUAACUCACAGAAAAGGUGGUCAACUAAAAAAACACGAAACUAAAAGGCGUAUGUAACAGAUGUUGUGUUUCAUUGGGCUUGAGGUAACGUUAUCUGGAAGUUGCUGCGUUGUAACGACAAGCAUCACUGUGGGAGUCUCGACACGCGCAUCACGCAUUCAGAUGAUGGACGGGUGUCUGAUGCUGCCAUAGGAAAUCCAGUCAGCUCUCACUUGACUCUACCGUGGACCACAUAGGACGACCCCUGUUCCAGCAAAACAAUUUAUUGCAAUGGAUUUUCCCUAAAAACUUCAGUGUAUAUGAAGUAAGCUUCAGAAAGUGAUGCUGCUCCUGCGGUCGCAAGGAAUGAAAGUCGGUCUGGAUUACGUGCGGUUUUAUAAUGUUGCACAUUUCGCAGGUAGAUUUCACUCGAGCGUACAGUUCUUUGGAAAGUUUCGUCUGAAAUAAACGAUCGUGAAUAUUCGUUUUGUGGUGAAGAAGAGGACCAAUAACUCAAAUGGAGUUGCCCGUGGUGCUUUUUACGCUAUUGUGUUGGGUGUCCGUAUGGUCGGAUGACAGGAUCAUCUCCGAUAGGCAUGCAGUGUACUGGAACAGCUCGAACUCCAGGUUUUGGCAGGGGGAAUAUACGGUAGCCGUGAGCAUCAAUGACUACCUGGACGUGUACUGUCCGUAUUACGAGACCCCACAGCCUCACAGUCGUAUGGAGCGCUACAUCCUUUUCAUGGUUAACCAUGAUGGUUACCUCACCUGUGAGCACCGCAUGAGAGGCUUCAAACGAUGGGAGUGUAACCGGCCCCAGAGCCCAGAGGGACCCCUACGGUUUUCGGAGAAGUUUCAGCUCUUCACCCCUUUCUCACUUGGUUUUGAGUUUCGACCCGGACAUGAAUACUAUUACAUAUCUUCUCCUCAUCCCAACCACGCCGGCAAGCCUUGUUUAAAGUUGAAGGUGUAUGUUAAACCCACAAAUGGUUCGGGCUAUGAAUCUCCAGAGCCUUUCCUUACUGAUCGGAGCCAUCGCUGCAGGGCAGACGGCCCGUGCCUAACCGUUCUGCUGUCCCUGCUGCUAGCCUUACUGCUGGCCCGCGUCUAAAAGCUCCACGGCAACCCGGACUGCCCACCGUUCUCCCUCCAUCCGUACUCCCUCAGGGAAGCCCUCUCAUCCGGCCCACGGGCUAACGCGCAGUCUGAGUCAUGCAUCUCCCUUACCGAUUGAGCCCGGUGCUCCUCGCGGCUAAUCUGAGCAGAGAGACAUUCGGCCGACUCUGGGGCUUUAUGCUUAUGGUACAAAUUAGCAUCUGAUGAGACUUGAACACCUGGAUGUGGAAUGUGACCUUUUAUAUAAGCUGAUUAUGUAAUCAAGGCUUAAUGUGCCAUUUUUUCACCGUUUAGGGUUUCAAUCAAAUAAUUUGGAUAGCUAUAAUGCACCCCUGUAUCAUCUUUCUGUUUACAUUGUUUAAGCCCCAAUGUAGAAAUACCCAGAAAUAAAGGGGUUUAUCCCAAUAACAAGCAACACCAAAGGACUCUCUUCAGGGUGAAGAGAAAGAUAAACCGUGUUUCGUUGUAGCCAGCGGUUAGGGAAUUAGUGGUAGACAUUCACAUGCAUGUGAAACACUGUGAAACCGAUCUCUUGUUACAAUAGUGAUGAUAUAUUUUUAUUAGCGACAAAAUGAAAAUAGGCUCACGGACAUUCUUCUGGUGUACAGGCUCUCAAAUGGUGCGGAUCGGAUCAGCUGUCAGUGUUCACCGCUGGCCUAAAAACUGUGUAUCUGUGCAGUGUGGUCGACUAGAGGAACAAGGACUCUCAAUCUCUUAGAUUAGAUUAUUUGCUUUGGUGCGAAACCAAAAUGCCGCUUAACAAGCAUCGGUUUUCUUUUCAGCUCUGUGGGAUGAACAAGCAAUGACUGUUUCAAAACUGAUCUCCGAUGAUCAGGGAUCAGCCAAUUUUAAAUCACCAGUGUAAUACGACAGCACUAAAGGGUCGGACAAAAAGGAAAUGGAUUUUUUUGUAUUCUAUUUCAUGUUAUUUUUGUAGCAUUUAAAAGCGACAUUAAUUAUUCAUGUGAUAUGAGGAAUGGUUUUAGCGUCUUGAGUGGCGAUACAGCGUGUGAGUCAGCACUCGGGACGUGUUCAGAUGGGCCCACUCGUUCACUCUUACUGUUGUUAUUGUGAUCAUGUCAAACUGUAUUCAGUAUUUAAAACGACAGAAAGCAUUUGUUUCCAUCCGAUUUGAUUGUGUCCUCUUUUUCAUGUGACGUUUUGUACAGACGACAUGUUUUGUCAAACUGAAGAAACAUGCUAAGAACAAAAAUAAAGAGCUUUUGUCUAUAAGACGCAAAGACAAUG